GACUGCAAUAGUCAGCAUUCCUAGCGAAACUAGGGAAAUUAUUAAUGUUGUCCCUUUUAUUUUUGUGCUCAACUAGAGAUUUACUCCCACCUUGUGUGUUUUUGUAUUUAUGCGGAGUUUACAACACCUUGCCUGAUUUACCACAAUGCAUCUCACGACAGAAGAAACAAUAGAGCUUGGACUCAAUGACCAGGGGACAGACAAUCCUGCAUUUGGGGACAAAGAUGGCGAACAGCCACAGCUGACAGCUGAUCCUGGGGAGUCUCACACAGAGGAAACCCCAGAAGGGACAACAGGAAAAAAAAUAGAUUUAGUUUACUCCCUCAGUGACAGGCCACCAUGGUACCUCUGCAUUUUGCUUGGCUUCCAGCAUUACAUUCUUGCUUUCGGUGGCAUCAUUGCAGUUCCACUGAUCUUGGCUGAACCGCUCUGUAUAAAGGACAACAACAUUGCUAAAAGUCAGCUGAUCUCCACCAUAUUCUUUGUGUCAGGAUUGUGUACGCUGCUGCAGACGACUGUUGGAAACAGGUUACCAAUCCUCCAGGGUGGCACAUUCAGUUUCAUCACUCCAACCCUGGCAAUUCUUGCAUUACCCAAGUGGCAGUGUCCUGUGCCAAAUGCACCUGUGAAACCACUGGUGCAGUUUCAUAAUGGCACCAGUCCACUACAAAUGGAAAAUUCAGAUGAGGUCUGGAUGACAAGAAUGCGUGAGAUCCAGGGAGCCAUUCUGGUAUCCUCUCUCCUUCAGCUCACACUAGGCUUAUCUGGGCUGGUGGGCCUUGUGCUAAGAUAUAUUGGUCCUCUGGCUAUCGCUCCCACCAUCAAUCUCAUUGGUCUGUCACUGUUUACUGAGGCUGGAAAGAAGUCUGGAGGCCACUGGGGAAUAGCUGCUCUCACAGUGGGUCUGAUUCUACUGUUCUCCCAAUAUCUCAGCAACAUUGAUGUUCCAAUGGUUUCUUACAAGAAUAAAAAAUGGAUGGUGUUCCAGUACCCACUCUUCAAGCUGUUCUCUGUUUUGUUUGGCAUGUGUGGUGGCUGGCUUAUCUGCUUCUUGCUGACCAUUUUUGAUGUCCUGCCUUCAAAGUCUGAGAAGUAUGGCUUCUCAGCCAGAACCGACAUAAACCUGGAUGCUGUUACAAACUCUCCAUGGUUCCAUGUGCCUUACCCUGGCCAAUGGGGUGUGCCCACAGUGAGUUUGUCAUCAGUGCUGGGUAUGAUGGCCGGGGUCUUGGCAUCGACCAUGGAAUCUAUUGGUGACUACUAUGCUUGUGCUCGCUUGUCUGGUGCCCCUCCACCACCCAUACACGCUGUCAACCGAGGCAUCGCCGUAGAGGGUAUUGGCUGCAUACUUGCUGCUCUGUGGGGAACUGGAAAUGGCACCACUUCCUACAGCCAAAACAUUGCUGCACUGGGUAUUACCAAGGUUGGUAGCAGGCUGGUCCUCCAGACUACUGGAAUUCUGAUGAUCAUCCUGGGAAUCUUUGGAAAGUUUGGAGCAAUUUUUAUCACUAUCCCAGAUCCAGUCAUUGGAGGCAUGUUCCUUAUUAUGUUUGGAAUGAUUGCAGCAGUUGGGAUAUCCAACCUCCAGUAUGUGGAUCUUAACUCUUCACGUAACCUCGUCAUCCUGGGCUUCUCAACCUUCAGCGGUCUGGUUCUACCCACCUGGUUUCAAUCCAAUCCUGGCAUCAUUGACACUGGAAUAAAAGAGCUGGACCAAUUGAUUGUAGUGCUUUUUACCACACAUAUGUUCAUCGGUGGAUUUUUUGGAUUCAUACUGGAUAACACCAUUCCAGGUACUGACAAAGAGAGAGGUAUCAAGAGCUGGCAGGACAAGGUGCAAGAUGGAAGCAAAAACAUGCAUGACCAGUCAUGCUAUGAUAUACCUUUCUGCAACAAGGUUUUGAAAAGGUUUAGAUGUUUCCAGUGCCUCCCCUUCCUCCCUUCUUACAAGACCACCCAGUAGGAGGCAACCAUGUAAUGAUGCAGUAGCUCAGUGUGCAACAUUAAUGUUGGCCUGUUAGCCCCAUUAGAACAAAGAAGUCUUAAUUGGAUGGAAUAUUCUCAAUGACAAAAUAAGUGUACAUGACACUUGCCUUAUUUCUUCAGUGCUAUUACUGUUCAUUUUAAACCUCACUGCUGACAGUGUUUUCACAGUGUCACCUUUCUGCUGCAGUUUCUGUUUCCCAUUUUUGUUGAUCUGGUUAAUUAUUUCUAAACAGUUUAAUCUUUGAAACAAAUAGAAGUGUUUCACAUUACAGAAUUUCACAUUCACAUUACAGUGUACAUUGGCAUCAAUAGGCAGAGGUCAAGCUGCUGCGGCUUGAAACUGUCAUCGUGCUUCUGAAACGAUCUUUUAGACUGAACACCCAGUGGAGACAUAAAGGCGCUGAUUCUUUAACAUUAUUAAAAUAAAAUCUAGUUUAAUCUCACUUACCGAAAACAAACACUGAAACAAUAUUUGUGCUAAUUGGUUACUAGUUUGUUUUUAAUAUUAUGUUUAAUUAAUUAAUUAUAUGGAUGGUUGCAAUUAAAGUUGCAAUUUAAAGGUAGUGCAUUUAUAAACAUUAGGAUGUUCUUUUUCCAGUAUCGUUGAUGUGUGUGUCCUGCUUCAUUUUCACUGUUUCAUUUUGUUUGAACUUUUUGUCACAGGUUGUAUUAAAAUGUGACGAGCUGAGAUUGAGGUUGUUGCUUAUUGUUUUUUAUAUUAGUGAUUAUUUUAUAGCUUUUUAAGAGUAAACAGUUAAUUACAAUGAUCACGAAGGAACAGGACCCACAAGCAGGACACCCAAAAAUCCAGAUCUUUAAUCCAGAAAGCUGUACACAGGAAGGCAGAGGCAAACAAAUCCAAAUAUGGCAAAAGUAAAGUCCAAAAAACAAUCCAGAUGUUCAGACACACAACAAACAAGGAGCAACAAGGGAAAAAUUGUGGGCAUACAAACAACAUACUAGAAAUACUAAAAUAUUUGCAAUGUUUGACCAAAUCAUGGUAAUGGCAACUUUAGUUAUGCAGCAGAUUUCAUCAUACUCAAAUUCAAUCUGCUUACUACAGAGAGUAAAAAUAAACACAAAUCUAUAUAGGUUUAUGAUGACAGCUGAAAAAUAAAUCUUAUAAUAGUUAAAACAGCUAACAUACACAUGCACACACACUCACAGACACUCAGCUUUUGACUUAUUGAGUCGUUUUUUGAAUGCAGGCACAGCUGUAACUUACCUCUGGUCAGCAGGCAACUUGUUACAAUAUAGGAGCACAGUAACAGAAACCACCCUCACCACAUGUAGGUCUAAUUCGGGGGACACCUGAUGUUGUUUAACUGGGUUGCAGACAGUGAGCAAGGAAGCGAACGUUUAGUUCAUAAAGUUUAAACUUAACUUUUUGAACUGGGAGCCAAUGAAGUACUUCAGUACUUCUGGUAACAUGUUCAAAUUUCCAUGUACGUGUAACGACUCUGGCAGCAGACCUUAUUAUCAAAACUGUGAUCACUGUUUAAAAUGAUGCCAAGGUUUCUGACUUCUUUACUGUGUUUCAGAGGCAGGGAAGAUAAAUGUGAACUAACUGACUUUUUCAACCAACUACAAAUAAUUCUGUUCUAAAAAAAAUUGUAUAAAGUUUCUAGACAUCCAGAGUUAAUGUCAUCAGUGCAGCUUAUUAGUUUGUUAAAAAAAAAAAAAAAAAAAAGGUUAGAUCAUGUUAGGAAAAGGGUUCAGGUUAGGUGAAGCAGUGUCAUGUGCAUAAGAAUGAUGGGAUAUAUUGAUAUUUUUUAUGACAGCACCAAGCAGGACCAUGUGAAGGUUAACGUGUAACAGACCGGUGAUAGACCCAAAGGAAAAACCUUUGAAUUUUUAUUUGAGCAGUUCCAAAGCUACGAAUUAAAACACAAAAACGUUUGCACUUUGGUAUGAUGAGUACCAGUGAAGAACAUGACCUGACCAACUCUUAAACCAAUUGACUUGUGAGCUGAAUAAAAGGUCUGCAACAUUUUCUUUCCGCCAUCUUUACCUUUCCUUUGUUUCUUCCGGGAACUUUAGGUGGAUUAUGUAUAUCUACAUU